GUUGGGGGCUCAUCCGAACCCUAGAUCUCUCUCUUCUCGGUUGUAAGUGCAAGAACAAGGGUUGAUGGCACCGAUGGAGGUGGAUAGGGCAGAUGGGCGUACUUCCAAUCAGCUGAGGCCACUGUCUUGCACUCGAAACGUCCUCCAUCGAGCCCAUGGCUCCGCUCGCUGGUCACAAGGUGAUACAAUCGUGUUGGCUGCAGUAUUUGGACCAAAAGCUGGAACUAAGAAGGAAGAAAACCCUGAGAAGGCUUCUAUUGAAGUUAUAUGGAAACCUAAAACUGGUCUGAUAGGAAAAGUGGAAAAGGAAUAUGAGAUGAUUCUGAAGAGAACUUUGCAAAGUGUAUGCUUGUUGACUAUCCAUCCAAAUACGACAACCUCUGUCAUUGUUCAGGUUGUUGGAGAUGAUGGUGCUCUUCUCCCUUGUGCCAUAAAUGCAUCUUGUGCGGCACUUGCAGACGCUGGUAUCCCUUUAAAGUAUCUAGCUGUGGCUAUUUGUUGUGGUUUGACAGGGAGUCGAUCUGUAAUUCUAGAUCCUACAAAGAUAGAAGAGAAGAAAAUUCAAGCAUUUGCGUAUUUGGUAUUUCCAAAUUCUCCAAUAUCAGUCCUUCCCAAAGGUUCAUUGACAGAGGAUAGUGAACCGAUUGAGGCUGGGAUUAUUACAUCUGUAACUCAUGGGGCGAUGCCAGUGGUCGACUAUUUCAAUUGCCUUGAUCGGGGUUAUGCUGCAUGCGCAAAGAUAUCAGAGUUUCUUAGGAGAAGCAUGGAGUCACAAGCCCCUAGUGAUCUGACAAAGACUACAUAGUUGGGGUUCGUACAUUACUUGAAACAAAAUUUUCUAUUGAAUUCACUGCAGAGUAGAGCGUAUAAGGUAAUCUUCCGUUUAGCGUGUUUGCAAUUCCCUUGAAGCUGGUACCUUGACAAUGAUGAUUAUGGGUAGGUUAUGUUGUACUUUCAGCGGGUUGUGAUGUAACUUUCAGCAAAUAGUCAGUUGGCAGACACGAUUGUUUGCAGAGAUAUUUGCUUCAGACUUCACAGCGGUUGGCAAAAAAUAUCCGUUUCUUCUGUGAGAUGCUGCUCAAUGCAAGAGUCUAUUUUCACUGCGUUCACUCUAUACUCUGACUUGUUCACACAAUUUGCUUGGUUCACUCAAGUAUAUAUUUGACCAACCCAUACAAUUUAUCUUUGAUUUACCAAGUCCUUUCA